ACCUUUUCGAAACAGAAACACACGGAGCUUUUUGGUCUUCUGGCUUGCCGGAGCGUGUCACGUGAUCAAAAAAACUUAUAAAUAGCGGUGCAGCGCGAGCGGCGCGCAGAUGAGAGUGAAGGUAUGGCGUCAACAAGCCGUGGAGAUGCCUUACCUAAGUUGCAGUGCCCGAAUCACCCUGAUGCCCUCCUGGUGGAGGACUACAGAGCCGGCGACAUGAUCUGCCCCGAGUGUGGCCUCGUCGUCGGUGACCGCGUGAUCGACGUCGGCUCCGAAUGGAGGACGUUCACUAACGAGAAAGCUACCAAAGACCCGUCACGUGUUGGUGACGCGCAGAACCCGCUUCUCAACGGAGGAGACCUCACGACCAUGAUUGGAAAGGGUACAGGAUCCGCCAGUUUUGAUGAAUUCGGUAACUCAAAGUACCAGAACCGGAGGACGAUGAGCAGCUCGGACCGGGCCAUGCUCAACGCCUUUAAAGAGAUCACCACCAUGGCAGACAGGAUAAACCUGCCCCGGAACAUUGUUGAUCGUACAAACAACCUGUUCAAACAGGUUUAUGAACAAAAGUGUCUGAAGGGGAGGAGUAACGACGCCAUCGCAUCAGCCUGCCUUUACAUCGCCUGCAGACAGGAGGGAGUUCCCCGAACCUUCAAAGAGAUCUGCGCCGUGUCCCGGAUUUCCAAAAAAGAGAUCGGCCGCUGCUUUAAACUCAUCCUGAAGGCCCUUGAGACCAGCGUUGACCUCAUCACCACCGGAGACUUCAUGUCCCGUUUCUGCUCUAACCUGGGUCUGCCGAAGCAGGUGCAGAUGGCGGCCACCUUCAUCGCCAGGAAGGCCGUGGAGCUUGACUUGGUCCCAGGGCGCAGCCCGAUCAGUGUGGCUGCCGCCGCCAUCUACAUGGCCUCCCAGGCCUCAGCCGAGAAAAAGACACAGAAAGAAAUCGGAGAUAUCGCCGGUGUAGCAGACGUCACCAUCCGCCAGUCGUACCGUCUGAUCUACCCUCGAGCCGCCGAUCUGUUUCCUCCAGACUUCAAAUUCGAUACGCCGGUGGAUAAACUGCCUCAGCUGUGAAACUCGUCCACACGGUGGCCCCGAGGAGACGCAUUCCACCGAGCGGAGCCCCCGGAUGACCCUUGUCACAUUCAUGUGUAUAUAAAUAUGACUGUACAGGAACUCGGUCGAUUCCAUACUGUAAACUUUUUUCUUUUGUAGGAAAUCGAACCGGUUAUUUUGUUUAGUGUGUUUGCACUGUAUUUAGUAAUUUAAACCCCCAAAGAAUCCCACAAUAAACGCUUUUCAGAAAGCACACACACACACA